UCUGAUCAAUACAUGUAAUGUCAACCUGGUCAGCAGUGUGUUGAGAUAUUUUAACAAUCUCUGUCCAACUGAAAACACUCACAGAAAGUGCAGCUAGAACAGACCUGAACCCGGAGGAUACAUCAGCAGCAGCAGUGGAUGAACCUGACUGCAGGAAUGCGUCCUGCAGGCCGACACACGUCCCCUGCCGCCAUGUGAGCAGAUAACAAACCUUCGACAGACGCUGGCCGACAGAACCAUAGAAAAAGAGGAGAUGAGAGGAUACCGGACCAUCAAGUACACUUUGUUCAUCUUCUGCUACUUCUUCUGGGUUGUGAGCGCCGUUCUCACAGCGGUGGGGAUCUAUGCCAAGAUCGCCAAGGAGAAAGAUGUGGUCGACACCCUGACACUGGAUCCAGCUCUGCUGUUGAUCGUCGUUGGCUCUGUGAUGUUUCUCAUCACGUUCCUCGGGUGUUUCGGGGCGCUGCGUAACGCCACCUGCCUGCUGAAGACGUUUCUGGGGAUCCUGGCGACCGUCCUCCUGCUGCAGAUCGCCGCUGGAGUCGUGGGAUACCUCUUCACUGACAUGGUGAUGGAGAGGACGGAGAGGCUGAUGAUGAAGGCCAUCGUUCGCUACAGGGAGGACCAGGACCUGGAGAACGCCAUCGACUUUAUCCAGAAGAAGUUUCAGUGCUGUGGAGUCGAGGGAUAUAAGGACUGGUCCCAGAACGUCUACUUUAACUGUUCGGACACAAACCCCAGUCUGGAGGCCUGCGGGGUUCCCUUCUCCUGCUGCAUCCACCAACAGAACCAGACGGUGCUGAACACCAUGUGUGGUUAUGGGAUGCAGCAGCUGGAGGAGAAGUCGGCCGUUCAGGACGUCUUCACUGUCGGCUGCCUGGAGAAGAUCGUCUGGUGGGCCAAAAACAACCUGCUGCUGGUGGCCGGUCUGACUGGCGGCCUGCUGCUGCUCGAGAUGAUCGCCCUGAGGUACCGAGCAUCCUGACUGGAGAGAGACCCUCCAUACCGGAGGAGCUGAGGAGACGGCGAGGCUGCAGAGCGGAGGUUAAACGGAGGAUGAAGAAGAGGAGGUUUAAAGUCUACAUCCCUGCAGUCAUCACUGGAAACAAACGUGGCUACACUAGCAGAUACCGGACUCCAACGUCACCAUGCCCGGCUUCCAGACGGUUUGAACCGACAGGGACACCACCGCGACCUGCGAGAAGAAAGGAGGGGGACUGUCCGUGCUCAUAAACAACAGGUGGUGUAACGCCGGGCACGUCUGUGUGAAAGAGCGUCUGCAGCCCGGACAUCGAGCUUGGCGCCGUCGGACUUCGUCCAUAUUAUCUGCGAUGGGAAUUUUCCAGUGUUAUCACCAUCACUGUCUAUAUUCCUCACAGUGGUCUUCAUCAUCAUCAUCACUGUCUAUAUUCCUCACAGUGGUCUUCAUCAUCAUCAUCACUGUCUAUAUUCCUCCGUCUGGGAAAGCAGAAGCAGCGUGUGACGUCAUCCACACUGUGACUGCAGGACUACAAACAAAACACCCGGAGGCCUUCAUCAUCAUCACAGGGGACUUCAACCACGUUUCUCUCUCGUCCACACUCCCAACCUUCCACCAGUUUGUCACAUGCACCACCAGAGACAAUAAGACCUUGGACCUGCUGUAUGCAAAUGUUCCUGUUUUUUAUAUCUGUAUUUAUUUCACUCAAAUGUUGCUGUGACAAGUGAAUAUCCCAUUGUGGGAUUAAUAAAGUUAUCUAUCUAUCUAUGUACCGGUAUACAGGCGGGAGGGGAUCAGGCCGUGAGUGCAGAGACGCAGAGCCGUAUAUAGAGACGGCUCUGGUGAGUAGCAUUUACGACAGUUAACGUUAAAUACAAGUACUCCGCAGUGACUCUGGGGGUAGCUGUUUGACAAAACCGGAAAACUGCAUAGUAUGCCUUUAACUUAUGUAACAUAUCUCAUUUACAUUUGUCUAACAACACAUUUUGUUUGUGUGAAGAGAUUACACACAAAGUCAAUGCAAAGACUUGAAUAGAUGCGAAUUCACGCUGGAUGAAGGGAAUGGUGUGAACACACCUAAAGUUCCAAAAUGGAACAAAUUCCCUCAAAGUGUUUAUGAGAUAUCGCAUUGACCGGUAGCGACAACCUGAAAACACACGGCUAUCGUGUUCGAACAGAAGCAGCUCUGAUCAGUUUCUGUUUCCC